UACAGACUAGACGUUCGGGCGGACCGACGCCUUUUCUCGGCGCACAACCGCUCUGCUCGUCACUGGAGGAAGCGUAGAGAACACAGUGACGUUACGCUGCGUUUUUAAAGACAAAAACGCCAUAACUUGGAUCUAAACUCCCACAGAAGAAAACUAGGGGGGAGCAAAAAAGACAGCGACGUUACGGCACCGUGCUGUUUUGCCUUCCCCACUUCUAUUUGUCCUCCUUACGAUUUUCUCUUUGAAGAGAGUGUUUUUUUGGAGAGGAAGAUGUGGGCAAACGGAGACACAGAGGCUGGACGACCAACCCCUUAAGUAGCUAAGGCGUGGAUACACUGACUGACCCUGUGCAUAGACAGACCACCCGGCCGGCCAGUGAAAGGUCUGAGCGCUGGGACUGGCUACUGACUCGACCUGUUUCUGCUCCACCGCGGACCUUUUGUGUUUUCUCGCUGACUCCACACCGUCUCCCUUUCGCAACCCCCGGCCGCCGAGCUGCGGAAGCCCGACGCUGAAUAUGUUGUCAUGGCUAAGUGACUGGUUCUGGCAGGAACGACUAUGGUUCCCUGAGGGGUUGGGCUGGGCUGACCUCGAGGACCGUGAUGGGCGGGUCUAUGCCAAGGCGAGCGACCUCUGGGCUGUUAUCCCCCUUGCUCUGGGCUUCCUCAUCGUGCGACAGAUCUUUGAGAGGCUGGUGGCAACACCGCUUGCUGCUCUCCUGGGUGUGACGGAGAAAGUACGACUUCAUGCAUUAUACAACCCCACACUGGAAUCCUACUACUGUAAUACAACCAAACACCCUACACAGAGUUCUGUGGAGAAUCUGAGCAAACUGACGGGGUACUCAGUGCGUCAGAUCCAGCAAUGGUUCCGACGACGCAGAAAUCAAGAUCGACCCAGUCUUCUCAAGAAGUUCCGGGAAGCAAGUUGGAGAUUUACCUUUUACCUUCUUGCUUUCAUUGCUGGCCUGGCUGCACUCAUUGAUAAACCUUGGCUUUAUGACUUUAAGGAAAUGUGGCAGGGAUUCCCCACACUGACUCUGCUGCCCUCUCAAUAUUGGUACUACAUGCUUGAGCUGGCUUUCUACACCUCCCUGCUCAUCAGUGUGGCGUCGGAUGUUAAGCGCAAAGAUUUCAAGGAGCAGAUUGUCCACCAUCUGGCUACCAUCCUGCUGAUCAGCUUCUCUUGGUGUGUCAAUUACAUCCGUGCGGGGACCCUGAUCAUGCUGUUGCAUGAUGCGUCUGACUACCUGCUGGAGUCGGCAAAGAUGUUUAACUAUGCAGGCUGGAAGAACACUUGCAACUACAUCUUCAUCAUCUUUGCAGCCAUCUUCAUUGUUACCCGCCUCGUCAUCUUCCCUUUCUGGAUCAUGUACUGCACCUGGGUAUACCCUGUGACACUCUACCCCCCCUUCUUUGGGUACUACUUCUUCAACGGUCUAUUGAUGGUGCUACAAUGUUUGCACAUCUUCUGGGCCAUCCUUAUUGUGCGCCUAGCUUUCAAGUUCCUCCGAAGCAAUGAGAGCGUGGAGGAUGAAAGGAGCGACAGGGAUGAAACUGAUGAGUCAGGGGAGGAAGAGGAAGAGAAAGAACAAGAGAAGCAGAAAACAAAGAAAAAUGGGCCGUUGCUGAACGGGCACCCUGUCUUCAACAACAACCACCACAAGGCUGAAUAAUGGCAGCAGUGGAGGGAGACUCGCAUCCAGAGUGCAGGAGGAACACACCUCUCGCACAGAAGCUAGAUGGGAUGAGAAAUAGGCUGGAGGAGGGUGGUGUCUCAAUGUCAAAUGGAACCAGACUCACUGUCACACGCCGUACACCCACCCACCCACAUACCAGUUAUUACAAACACACAAAAAUGCAAUGAGCAGCUCUAUAUCACUGGUGCUCAUUGAGUACAUCACACUGAUAAACCCUGGGUUUUCAUGAAGUACAGCAUGAGCAAGUAAAUGGGUAACCAGGAAAAACAGAGAAGCAGUGCUGCUCCACUAAUGUUAACUCUUAAUUAUGUGCCUUAACUGCCAGUUCAUUUGGAUGAAUUUUACUCCUCUUUGUGUUCCUCUUCUCCAUCCACCUUUUUACCACACUAGGACCUUUUACCUUCACUAUUCAGUGCAUUGGUCAGCCUCGGGAGUUGUAGAUAAGAUUCACAUCUAUUGUCACCCUCAGUACUAUCAUUGGCCAGGAAAGCACUAUAGUUCCUUGAGCUGAAUAAAUGAGUCUUUAAACUUGAAAUCUGUCUGUUGCCUUAACAGUGAGUAGUACACCGCAUUCAGUCUAGGGGAAAAAGGUUUCAAUGCACUGAACUAUGCUGUGAUGGAAAAAAAAAAUAGAA